AGUUGGAGGUAUACGAGUCCCCACGCGAGAUCCUUUGAUUUCACAGCCACUGCACGCUACCGCAAGCCCCACCCCACUGCGUUCUUGCAGGCCACACCCUCGAGCGUGGCCUCCGUGGAGAGGGCGUUCUCACUACCACAAAGGCUUCAGGCUAGAAGGGCCGAAAGUGCACGAGAGCGCGAGUUUGGACGCCGCUCUCCCCACCCUUUUGGGUCCGUGUCUGGGGAACUGCCUCGGCUGAGGGAUUGCUGGACACUCUGUGUCUGGCUGGUGUGGAGCGGUGUAAUGGUCUGUUGAUUCUCUUUCCACCUCUGCCCAUUCUCACGUCUUUCCUAUCAGGACCGGCUGGAUGGCCGUCAGGGCUCCCAACUGUCGCGUCCCCUGGGGCAUCAUAGAGAACGUAGUCCUCCAUUGGCUCAGUCUACCCUUUCCGAGUGUGGGUUAGAGUGCCUACGUCAUUUUCGGUCGCCUCCGGCUGGGUGGGGAGUGCCGCCACCAGAGGAGGACGCCGCUGGGUCGGGCAAACCUGGAGGGAGGCAAGAAACGUGUCGGGACCCGGAUUUGCAAGCUGAGGCUGGAAGGAAAGUGGAAGCUGCAGCCUGGUUCCGCUCCCGCUCCUCUUGGAGGGCGGCUGAGUCAGCGCUAGAGGGCUUUCGCGCCUUGAGCUGGGAAGAGCCUGAGGGAGGGGAGUAAGGCUUCUUUGCCGGCCUGAGGAGGAAGAGCAGUGUAGAGAAAAACCUUGGGUCACAAGCGUAGCUUGGACACGUAGCCUGCAGACACGUUCCCCGCUCCUCAGCUCGGAGUUGACGCAUCCACACCUCCAGGCUGCGCAUUAAAAUGGCUGGCUGUGCCACUACUCCUAACCCCAUGCAGACCCUUCAGGAGGAAGCGGUGUGUGCCAUCUGCCUGGAUUACUUCAAGGAUCCCGUUUCCAUAGGCUGUGGGCACAACUUCUGCCGAGGAUGUGUGACCCAACUGUGGGGCAAGGAAGAUGAGGAAGACAGGGACGGGGAAGAAGAUGGAUGGGAAGAAGAUGAGGACGACGAUGUGGAGGGGGCCACCGGUGGAUGGGACAACUCUAUUCGAGAGGUUUUGUACCAGGGCAGUGCUGACGAGGUGUUCCAGGACCAAGAAGAUGAUGAACUCUGGGUUGGUGACGGUGGCGUCAGGAAUUGGGACAACAUGGACUAUGUGUGGGACCAGGAGGAGGAAGAGGAGGAAGAUCAGGACUAUUACCUGGGAAGCUUGAGACAUGACCUGAGAAUUGACGUCUACCCAGAAGAGGAGAUAUUGGAAGAAUACGAGGACGACGAAGAGCUGUAUCCUGACACCCACUUGCCUCCUCCUCCUCCACCUCCCCCCCCUCCUCCGCCCCCUCCACGACAGUUCAUCUGUCCCCAGUGCCGAAAGAGCUUUAAGCGUCGCAGCUUUCGUCCCAACUUGCAGCUAGCCAACAUGGUCCAGAUAAUUCGCCAGAUGAGCCCCACUCCUUAUCGAGGAAGUCGGGGGAAUGAUCAGGGCAUCUGCUCCAAACACCAGGAAACCCUGAAACUUUUUUGUGAAGUGGACAAAGAGGCUAUCUGUGUGGUGUGCCGAGAAUCCAGGACCCACAAACAACACAGCGUGGUGCCAAUGGAGGAGGUGGUGCAGGAGUACAAGAGUUCAUCUUGACUCUUCAAGAUAGAAUCAGAGGAUUAUGAAAGUAAAAGCAUUUAGAUUUGACCAAGGGCACCAUUAAAUGGUGUCAGGUUUUAGGCGGCAGAUGGGUGUAUAAAAAGGAAAUGAACAAAGAUUUCACUUGUUGGGGUUCAGGCACAACUGGAUGCCUGUAUUGCCCUGCCACCCAGCUGCCGCCAAUAAAAUCAUUCAUCGUUCUGCAAGAGGGACCAGAUGCUUCCAUCAUCAGUACUCCUUUUUCUGUUUUCUCCUUUGAGGUAGCUAAAGAUGGCAGCCAAAAAGUUAUUUGAGGCUUUUAUCAAGUAUAUAUUCACGUUAUGAUGCAGAAGAUAGGGUCAUCUUCUUCAGUUGAGUUACCAGUUACCUGAAAAUGUUGGGCAGUGACACAAUGCCAAACACUGUUAAAUUUAUGCCAUUAAAAACAGUGGAGUAUUCUGCAAAGCACAGUUCUCUGAAGCUUUAAGAUUGGACAGUAUUGGAAUAUUAACAGCAAUCUUCCAAAAGCUAUGAAAGCAUAAUAUUAAAUAGCCCUUUUAAUUGCAAAGGAGAAAAAAAUGAAGAAAUUUGUGAAGCCUUGCAUUCCAAGUGCUGCCACAACUUUGAGAGGAAAUUGAGGAAUUCCAGACUUUCUUCAUCUACUUCUACAGUCAACUCUGAAAUGAUGACUGAACAUAUCAAACUUCAGGUUUUAAAAACUUCAGCUCAUCUUUCUUUGCUGUUGAGAUGAAUCUACUGAAAAAAAAAAAAGUGUGCUUUGCUUAUGUUUAAAAAUAAAGCUUUAAAAACUGUGGAUGUGGUGGUUUCAUAAACGUAAUACUUGACCACUAAAAACAGUAUUUUUGAAGCUAUGUCAAAUGAACUGAGUUGGAAGAAAAUUAUACGAGUAUACUUGGUGGUGCUACAGCAAUGGAAUGUUCUAAAUCUGGGUUUUUGGCAAGAACUGAAGAAAACUGUGUGUAAGAUGUACUGUAGCAAUCCCCACCAAGCAUCCACUUCCAUUGAUUGGCCCAUAAUUUACUGGAAAUCUUCACCUUGCUGUCAGCAUAACCCUUGUGAAAAACAGUAGAUUUGAUCCCAGUUUGCCUUGAUUUUUGAAGAUCUGUUCAGAAUGCCAUUGAGAGUGUUUUCUCUUAUGUACUAAGGUUCCUUGGUUGUCAAAGAACUGUACUCAGCUGAAUUUAUGGACAGAACUAAUUUUGAAACACCAAUGACAAAAUAACCCUCUGAUUUUGGAACACCAUCUAAAGAGAAUUUGUUCUUUAAAAUUUCAAAAAUUAAAACUUUUGACAGAAUGUAAUGCAUUGAAGCUUAAAAUACAUUGACCCUGAAAUGUCAAAAGGCAAACACCAACAUCACUCUCAUUAUGAAAUACUUUAAGCAAAACUUGCCAAAAAUCCAGCUACACAUAGCAAACUCAUGCUAAAAAUGUCUAACUUGCUUGGCCAAUCUUUCAAGGCCUAGAUUUCUGAAUGUUAUUUCAAGACAAAAAUAUGAAAUAUCCAUAACUAUUUUGGAUGAUUGUUCUUGACCUUGUUCUUAAAACCUACCUGGGGUCGCUUUUAUAAAGAAUGUUUUCAACUGUUGGUUGGUUCAAUUCCUUUAAGAGGAGUAUGUGGAACUUUAAGUCUUUGUUUUGACUAGAAACUUCCAGAUAAAUACUCUAGAGAAAUUGGGAUAUAAAAUGUCUAAGCAUAUGUGAAGACUUUGUUCCAUUUGUUAUUCCAUUUUCUCUUUACAUCUUAAAAGCUUUUUGUGGGGGGUGUGUGGAGUAUAUCUAGCUGUGGGGAGAAAACAGUACAAGAGUAUUGUUAAAGCAGCUUGUGUUUUGUUACAUCUUCUACACCACCCAAGAAAGAUAAGGCUUUUAACAGUGACAUAGUUAUCACAUCAUCUGAAUAAAUUUUUGCCUUCCAAAAUUA